CAGUGGGGCGUGCCCUGCGACCACUGACCCCGCGGACGUUGGUCCAGCAGCCGCACAGUGGUGGCCUGGCAGGUGUCCCGCCUGCGCGGGUUUGUGCCAGUGUCAGGAUUGUCGAGAAGCUGGAAGAGAUGCAGUCCUGUUGAGAUCAAGCUGGGAACCAGAUCUUACUCUUCCUCACGAGGAGCAGCUCUUCUCAACAGCAGCUUUGACAAAAAACCUGUGUUCUGGAAAAGGUGCGAUGACUUUGUGCGUGGGUCUGAGAGUGUUUACACGGUUUCCCACAAAGGCUGUGAGAAGCAGUGGCCUUCCUCGGUUUACCUGGAGAGGUCCCGGGAACUUUCUGGACCCUGAAAUGAAAGCUUUCCUGGAGGAAAACACUGAAGUCACCAGCAAUGGCAGCCUCACUCCUGAGAUCCACCUGCGGCUUUUGACCCCCAGAUGCAGAUUCUGGUGGGAAAGAGCUGAGCUCUGGCCCCACAGUGACCCUUACUGGGCAAUCUACUGGCCUGGAGGCCAAGCCCUGUCCAGGUAUAUUUUGGAUCAUCCCGAUGUUGUCAGAGGAAAAUCUGUGUUAGAUCUUGGGAGUGGAUGUGGAGCCACAGCUAUCGCUGCUAAGAUGAGGGGGGCGUCAAGGAUCCUGGCCAACGACAUAGACCCGAUUGCAGGAAUGGCUAUUGCACUGAAUUGUGAAUUGAACCAACUGAAUCCUUUUCCCAUUUUAAUCAAAAACAUCUUGGAUUUGGAACAAGAGAAGUGGGACCUUAUCAUGCUUGGAGAUAUGUUUUAUGACGAAGACCUUGCGGAUCAUCUGCAUCGGUGGCUGAGGAACUGCUUUUGGGCCCACGGAACUCGGGUGCUAAUUGGCGACCCUGGGCGGCCGCAGUUCAACAGACACCACAUCCACCACCAAGUGCACAGGCUGAUGGAAUACUUGCUUCCAGAGCCAACUCAGCGGCAGAACAAUGGACUGACCACAAGCACAGUGUGGGAUUUCAGCCCCGAACCACCAUAGCACACCCGAGGGUGGGCCCAGCUGUGUCUGGGUUGGGCUUGCAGGCUCCCCAGUUAAAGAGUGCAGUUCCUGUUUAAUGACAAAUCUUGUUUCCAAAACACACUGGAUUUCAAAUGUUCUUGGAGUGUACUUAUUUGUGAUUCUUGAGCUUUUAAGUGUUUAUGAUAACCCUGUGCCAAAGUCAACUUCUGCUGCACCCAGUUUCCAUUGUUCACUAAGCCAUUCAUGCUAUAAACUCAAAAUUUUGAUUUAGCCUUGAUUAAAAUUAAUAGGAAUUAUAGGCCACACUGGCACUGGAGGAUAGUUAAGGAUUAGUUUUAUUCACAUAUUUUCUGAAAAUUGAGGGUAUUCUGCUGCUUAUUGCCCCUCUAAGCAAGAUAAGAAGGAGCAAAUUAUACUAUGGAGCACUAAGUGAAAGUCAGCAGAGUAGAUUCAAGUUCAAGUAUCUGCAAACCCUGUUCCUUUCACCCUCGCUCAGGGACUUAGGAAGAGAGCACUGGAAAGCCUGUGAGGUGUUCCAGUGUUAGAGUAGUUUUUAAUCUCCCACUUGUAGCAGUAAACCCUGAAAUGACUACGUAGCUUAAACAGACAUAAUCAUAUUUUAAAGUGGUUAUUGAUGUAGCUGGAUUAAUUUGAGCCCUAUUUAUAGCUUUCCUGUCUGUUGCCCUUGUUCUGUUUCAGUGUGUGUGUGUGUGCGCACGCGCGCGCACUAUUUUUCUGACUUACCUACUUUUGAUUGAACCUUUUAUAUGAUUCUAUUUCUCUCCUCCCUUAGGGUAUCAGUGAUUUAAAAAAUUAUUUUAGUAGUUGACCAAUUCCAAGUCUGCUUUCAGAUAAUACUAUCCCAAAUCAUGAUUUUCAGUUUAGCUUUCACCUUGUUGUGAGGACAGGAUGAUGACUUCCAAUCUCUUCACAUGGAGUGUGAAUACCCACACUCCACACAGAGUUAUCAUAAUGCUUGAAAGCUCAAGAAUCACAAAUUCCUUUAUUUCUCCUAUAUUUCCUCCCUUGUCCAUUUGUUUAUUUAUUUGGGGGCUUAUUCUAGGCACUGGGGGCACAGCAGUAAAAAAAACUCAAAGGUUUCUGUCUUCUUGAAACCUAAUUUAGGGUAGGGAGACAGAUAAUGAACACAUAAACAAUAAUACAUGUCAGAUGGUGAGGAGAAAAAAGUCAAGGUGAUAAGGACGGGGCAGUGGGGAGGGAUAGGAGGAGGAUGCUGAAACUUUAAGCAGGGAGAGGGAGAGUUAAUCUGACCAGCAGUAACAAAAACAAGAAAUCAAACUGGUUGAAACUAGUUUCCCCAAAAGGGGAAAACGUUGCUUAGAUAGUCAACAUUGUUUAAUUGAAUUUGUCUUUAGAGAAAAGUCGUAGAUGGAAGAGGCCUUCCCAGUUUCUCACACAUCUACAUGGACCACCUCUGCAGCUGCACCCUAGACACAGCAUGUGCACAGAGCUGAUCGGGGAUGGGAACCCCACCGCCAUACAUGAGAAAUGGGCCACACCACAUUCCCCCAUCUCUCAUGAUAUUAGAGUUAAAACAGAAAGUCUAUAAGGAAGCCCCCAAAACAGGAACAUGUGCAGGGAACAUGCUGAGUUGAGGGGAGGUCUAAGCACCCCGCAAGCACACUUCAGUAUGAAACCAACCUCUGUCGUGACAGUUUGCAAACUUAUUCGGAACCCCUCCUGAAUGCAGGACUUGCUUUUUAGGAAAGAAGGUUCAUAGGUGAACACCACACGUUUGGGAAAAGUAGCAUAAAAAUCCAUGAAAUAAGAGGCUAGGCACAUAAGCUGAACAGCCGGAUGUGAGAUGUCCUAUCAAUUAUUAGAACAUAACAAUUAUUAGACCAUCAAUUAUUUUGUUUCAUUGAAAUAAUGUAUUUAGCAAGGAAUUUACAAGCCUGACAGCUUUUGGCCAAUAGGCAUCCAAACAUUUCGGGAAGGCAGGAGCUGGAAAACAGCCACGAAGGCAAUUCCGCCUUUAACAGUUUUAUGUAGGCUAAAACUCUUCAUCCAUACAAGUAAAUUUCUCUUAUAACAGCUCAAAUAUCUAGAUAGAGGAAAAUCAGAUAACUGAAAAAACUUUAUUAAGGAAACAACACACAAUGUCCCCUGCCCUCAAACAAACUAGAGGCCAUGCUGGGAUUACCAAGUGGAACAAAAGGGGUGAUCUCACCCACCCCACCCCCUUGCCCUCAGUUACAACCUGAAAGAAGAUAGCAAACAUAGGGGGCAGCUAAGCUAAGUGACAAGCAGGCUCUACACACCAAGUUUCCUGGGAAAGCAGUGUGGAGAUCAAGGCUCGAUAAGCUUCAAGGAAUGUCAAUAAACAGUCCACAUCACUUGUUUUAGUUUGUUUGGGCCUACUAAUCGCUGCAAGACUUCUCGUGAACGAUCUACAACAGAAAAAGAGUAUGUUUUCAUUCACAGUAAUCAAAGAUAUUUAACAUGUUGAGAGGAACUGCGACCAAAGAGAACUUGGGGAACAGGAAACAAUGAGACAUGGGACAGUGAUUUUAAACAAUAUAGGAACAGAAGGAACAAAACAGCUCCCAGGAAAAUAGAAGUGUUUUACUGAAAUAUUGCUGAGCUAGCCACCAACUAGAGUAAGGCCCGAAUAAUUAGGGAACAGAAAAACAACUACCAGGUAACUUCCCAACCACCUGCCUAAUCAAUAGUCUGGCACAUUGGAUAACAGGAAGUCUGACAGGAUAUAUUCAUAGACAGGGCUGGAGAAAACAGGCAUCCUCCCUUAGACCCCAUCCUGCUGUCAGGAUUUCUUUCCUCUUGCUUCAAUAAAUCCACACUUGCUUGCUUUCACGUUUAGUGUAGCAGCUGUUAUUCUUCAAAUGGCGAACACAACUGGACCCAUGAGCAUCCACUCUCCUAACAAUGUCUUCACAGAUAAACUGGGAAUGACAACUAUUAGAGCUCACAGGAUUAUUAGCUGCAGGGCACAUCAUAGGAGUACUAAGGGAAAAAAACAAGCAUUUAUUAUUUUUCCUGUAAUCUCAACAAUUCCACUAGCCAAUAGUGAAAUGUUGUAACUUCACUACUAACUUUCUCAAGAGUCAUGGAAGGGGAAGGAUUGCCGCCCCCCUCCCCCCACCCAAAUGUUAAGGAUAGGCUUGCUGCAAGUCCAGAGCAAGGCUUUUUCCAAAAUGUAUCAUGUUGGCAGGUAGCACUAAUGUCACCCAAGACCCAGUGGGCUUCAAGGGAAACUUACCAUCACCUUGAACAGUGACCACCACCUGGGUUUACUGUCUCCUCCAGAAACUAUCUUUUUAGCAAAGAAGCCCAUCUCAUGGCAGGGCAAAUUUCUAGAGUAUCUUGGUUUGUCAUAUGAGUCACCCCCUUAUCAUGUGAGACCCCCAGGCCCCAUCCUAUUCCUAACCUCAGGAUAUAAUCCCUCAGUCUCAUUUACUCUAGAAUUCACAACCUUUGAAGUC